AUGGAUGAUCCAUUGAAAGAAAUGAACGGAGUUGAAACCCAUGACGUUAAAAUUUUGGGAUCUUGUAAUGGCUUGCUCUGUUUAGGUGCUUAUGUCAUUAAUGCGACUAAUGCCAUUCGUACACUUAUUCUUUGGAACCCAUCAAGUAAAGAAUACAAGGUAAUUAUACCACCACUUGGUCAUCUUUGUUGUGCCUAUGGGUUUGGUUACGAUAGCAAAAUCAAGGAUUACAAAUUGGUAUGCUUAGACUCGACUGAUGUUUAUGCAUGCUCGUUACAAUCGAAUUCAUGGAGAAAAGUCACUACCAUUCCUUAUAAUAAGCAUUUUCGUGAAUCAGGAGGCUUGCUUCUGAAUGGUGCUAUUCAUUGGUCGGCCGCCAAAACCAUAGUUGCAUUUGAUGUUAGCAGUGAGACGUUCAUGAAUUUUCCUUUUGCAGAAGAAAUUAAGCCUUCUCGGGAAACAACGUUAACGGUGUUGGGAGAUUCUCUUUGCUUAGUUUAUGGUGUCCCUGAUGUUCGAGUUGAUGUGCGGGUCAUGCAAAACUAUGGAGUGACAAAUUCUUGGACUAAGCGAUUCACCACUCCCAAGCAAGUAUUACUCGACAUCCCCGUAUGA